AGUGCGGUGCUCGCUGCUCCAGAGUCCCACCGCGGAAGUUGAGGCCGCGGAUUCCGAGGGCGGGGUGGAGCGCGUUCGGUAAGUACCCGGACCCGGUGAAACGCACUGCGUGGACUGCGCCUGCGUCCGCACUCAGCUUUUCAGCAGUCUUUCUUCAGGCCCUGAAAGCCGUCCCCACGCCGGUCUCUUUUUUCUGCCUUCUUGUUUCCCUCCGGCGAGUCGGCGCGACGGUGAAUUUCCGUUUCCGGCGGUGUCCAUGCUGAACUGAAGAGUCGCAGUUGCCAGCAGGUUAGAGUUACUUGUUAUUGGUAAAUAGCUACAAUGGAGACUAAAGACCAGAAGAAACACAGAAAGAAAAACAGUGGGCCCAAAGCUGAAAAGAAAAAGAAGCGGCAUCUGCAGGAUCUCCAGCUAGGAGACGAAGAAGAUGCCCGGAAGAGAAAUCCCAAAGCUUUUGCAGUUCAGUCUGCUGUGCGGAUGGCUCGAUCCUUUCACAGGACUCAGGAUUUGAAGACAAAAAAGCAUCAUAUUCCAGUGGUUGAUCGAACUCCACUGGAGCCCCCACCAAUAGUGGUAGUGGUGAUGGGGCCUCCAAAAGUUGGAAAGAGCACUUUGAUACAAUGCCUCAUUCGGAACUUCACCCGGCAGAAGCUGACCGAGAUCAGAGGCCCUGUGACAAUUGUGUCAGGUAAAAAGCGCAGACUCACCAUUAUUGAAUGCGGGUGUGAUAUUAACAUGAUGAUUGAUCUGGCUAAAGUAGCAGAUCUGGUACUGAUGCUUAUAGAUGCCAGCUUUGGGUUCGAAAUGGAAACAUUUGAGUUUCUAAACAUCUGUCAAGUACAUGGCUUUCCUAAAAUUAUGGGAGUUCUCACCCACCUCGACUCCUUCAAGCAUAAUAAGCAACUGAAGAAGACAAAGAAGCGAUUAAAACACAGGUUCUGGACAGAAGUUUACCCGGGUGCCAAGCUGUUCUACCUUUCUGGAAUGGUGCAUGGAGAAUAUCAAAACCAAGAAAUCCACAAUCUGGGCCGUUUUAUUACAGUUAUGAAGUUUAGGCCUCUCACAUGGCAAACUUCUCACCCUUAUGUCCUGGCAGACAGGAUGGAAGAUUUGACAAACCCAGAGGAUAUCCGAACAAACAUCAAAUGUGACCGGAAGGUGUCACUUUAUGGUUAUUUAAGAGGAGCACACUUGAAAAAUAAAAGCCAAAUUCACAUGCCAGGGGUAGGAGAUUUUGCUGUGAGUGACAUCAGUUUCCUCCCAGACCCUUGUGCUCUUCCUGAACAACAAAAGAAGCGCUGUUUAAAUGAGAAGGAGAAGCUGGUUUAUGCGCCUCUUUCUGGAGUUGGGGGUGUGCUGUAUGACAAAGACGCUGUCUAUGUUGACCUUGGUGGCAGCCACGGUUUUCAGGACGAGGUGGGGCCCACCCAUGAGCUGGUCCAGAGUCUCAUCUCCACCAUCUCCACCAUUGAUGCCAAGAUGGCUUCAAGUCGAGUGACACUGUUUUCUGAUUCCAAGCCACUUGGGUCAGAGGAUAUAGAUAAUCAAGGGCUAUUGAUGCCAAAGGAGGAAAAACAAAUGGACUUAAAAACUGGGCGAAUGCGUCGGAAAGCCAUUUUUGGAGAUGAAGAUGAAUCUGGAGAUAGUGAUGAUGAAGAAAAUGAUGAAAUAUCCGAAGAUGACGAGUUGGAAAACGGCUCUAGUGAUGAGGAAGCAGAAGAGGAGGAAAAUGCUGAGAUGACUGAUCAGUAUAUGGCUGGUAAGGGCGUCAAACGAUGGAAACUUGAAGAGUUGGAAGAAGACAGUGAAAUGGAUUUGCCAGCAUUUGCUGACAGUGAUGAUGACCUUGAGAGGAGCUCAGCGGAAGAAGGGGAAGCAGAGGAAGCUGAUGAAAGCAGUGAAGAAGAGGACUGCACUGCAGGAGAGGGGGGCAUUUCAGGAUCAAAGGCUGUUGGAGAAGGUAGUAAAGCAGGGCUGUCGCCAGCUAAUCGCCAGAGUGACCGUGUGAAUCUGGAGAAGUCUUUGCUGAUGAAGAAAGCAGCUCUCCCCACUUCCGAUUCUGGGCAUUGCACAGCUGAAGAGGCGUUUGCAUCUGAAGAUGAAUCUGAAGAAAGCUCCUCACUCGGUGCAGAGGAAGAGGACUCAGAAAAUGAAGAGGCUGUUAGAAAAAAGCUUUCAAAGCCUUCUCAAGUGAGCAGUGGUCAGAAACUGGGGCCAAGGAACUUAAUUGAUGAGACCAGUGAUAUAGAAGAUUUACUCAAAGAGGAAGAAGAUUACAAGGAAGAAAAUAAUGAUUCCAAAGAAACCUCAGGUGCCCUCAAGUGGAAGGAAGACUUUUCCAGAAAGGCAGCUGAGGCCUUUCUGAGGCAGCAGCAAGCAGCUCCAAACCUCCAAAAGCUUAUUUAUGGGACAGUGGCAGAAGAUAAUGAAGAAGAAGAUGGUGAUACCCAAGAAGAGCUUGGAGGGUUGUUUCGUGUCAACCAGCCUGACAGAGAGUGUAAGCAUAAGGCUGACUCUUUGGACUGUUCUAGAUUUCUUGUGGAGGCCCCCCAUGACUGGGAUUUAGAGGAGGUUAUGAACAGUAUCAGAGAUUGCUUCGUGACUGGAAAGUGGGAAGAUGAUAAAGAUGCAGCCAAGGUCUUAGCAGAAGAUGGUAAGUGAAGAGCUGGGUUCUUCAGGAAGACUGGCUUCUCUAAACUUUAUUUUCUUCUGUAUCUUAGACAAUAGUCAAAUUGAAAAUCAUAGUCACUUGUGAAAUGCUUUGGGGAAUUCAGACAGGAGUAAUGAGCCAGGUAAUAUUCCGGAUUUUCCUUUUAUGAUGAUCUUAUUUUCUCAGUUGGCUAACUGAUUUACUACAUAUGGACCUUAAAAGUGAGAAACUUUCCAUAAAUUUUAGUCAUGUGUUUGUUAAAAAUAGAUUUUGUGUGAUGUGAAAAAUACAUACAAAUGGCAUUUAUGUUUUUCUUUUCAUAAUAAAGGUAGUAUGCAUUGUAGAAAAUUUAGAAUGAAAAAUACAUAACAUACCAGAAUUCUACUAACCCUUAAAAAACCUUCGUUAACCUCUUCAGUAGUUUCCUUCUAGUCAUUUAAAAAUC